AUGGCCGCUCCUCGCUCGCUCGAGGAAAUGAACUUCAUGGCAGAAUUGGCUCGAAAAGUGGACAAUAACUCCUACGCCUGGAUUGCUUGUAAUGACAAAGAAGUUGAAGGAAUUUGGGAGUGCGACGGUCAAGAAGGAAGAGAGCCCUUCACGAAAUGGGGUAACGGGCAACCAGAUAAUCAUAACAACCAGGAUUGUGGUACCUGCCAUUCUCGGCUCGCUCUCGAAUGCUCUUGCCCGCCACAGUGGCAAUGGUGGGGAAAAGACUGUUACCGCCUCACUCCUCGGAUACAGCAAACUUGGGAUCAGGCCAAGUCGGCUUGCCAAGACAUGAGCGGCAAGAUGGCCGCUCCUCGCUCGCUGGAGGAAAUGAGCUUCAUGGCAAAUAUGACACGAGAGAUUGACGUCACUGGUGCCUACCCCGGCUGGAUUGCUUGUAAUGACAAGAAAGUUGAAGGAACCUGGGAGUGUGACGGUCAGGAAGGAAGUGAGCCCUUCCUGGCAUGGGCUGAUAAGCAACCAGAUAAUAAUAACAAUGAAGAUUGCGCUGAUAUGGCAGAGAUGAAACAUGAUAACAAAAUGAAUGACGUCGGCUGUGACAGUACGCACCCCCAUAUGGCUUUUUGCAUUCGUCGAGCUGCUUGCACGUACGGCCUGAUCCAGCUCCGUCACUAA